UGAGGUCUGGAGACGGCAGUCCCUGCCUGAGCUCGAGCGGAGAGCAGUCUGUGGCAUGACUGUGGAAAAGAUGGAUCCUGUGGAAGUGUUUGCGGCCGGAGAGAAAGGCCGUGGCCUCCGAGUCACCAAAGAGAUGUCAGCCGGAGAAGUUGUGUUUGCUGAGGCCAGCUUCGCUGCGGUCGUGUUCGACAGUCUCUCUCUGCAGGUGUGUCACAGCUGUUUCCGCCGGCAGGUGAACCCUCACCGCUGCGGUCAGUGCAAGUUCGCGCACUACUGUGACCGCACGUGCCAGCGCGCCGCGUGGGACGAACACAAGCAGGAGUGCUCUGCCAUUAAAAACAUAGGAAAAGCUCCCAGUGAGAACGUGCGUCUGGUCGCUCGAAUCCUGUGGCGUAUUCAGAAGGACACGGGCCUGGUCUCCGACACUCAGCUGACCACCCUCGACCUCCUGGAGGAUCAUCUGUCCAAAAUAUGCCCCGAAGACCUGAAAGAGCUCAAAGUUGAUGUGCAACACUUCUACAAUUACUGGCCUAAGAAGAGCAAACCCGUCGGAGAGGACUACGUGGCGCAUCUCUUUGGUGUGAUUAACUGCAAUGGCUUCACGCUGAGUGACCAGAGGGGUCUGCAGGCCGUGGGCGUGGGUCUCUUUCCUAACCUGUGUCUGGUCAAUCACGACUGCUGGCCCAACUGCACCGUCAUCCUCAAUCCUGGCAAUCAGACGGCUCUGGACGCUGCGCUGCACUCAAAGAGAAGGAUCGAGCUGAGGGCUCUGGGGAAGAUCUCUGAAGGAGAAGAGCUGACCAUCAGCUACGUGGACUUCCUAAACGUCUCCAAAGACCGCCAGCAGCUGCUCAAGAAGCAGUAUUACUUCGACUGCAAGUGUGAGCACUGCUCCAGCGGCGUCAAAGACGAGCUGAUGACGGCCGUCAGAGACAGCGACGGACACAAGCCGUCUGCUGAUGUGGUGAAGGCCGUGACAGAUUUCAGUCUUCAGGCUCUGGUUAAGAUCGAAGAGGCUCGUACCGAAGGAAACUUCCAGGAGGUGGUGAAGCUCUGCCGCGAGUGUUUGGAGAAGCAGGAUCCCGUGUUUGGAGACACAAACCUGCAUCUGUUGCACGUCCUCAGCAUCGCCAGCGAGGUUCUGUCCUUCAUGCAUCAGUUCAGCGAAGCCGCAGGAUACGCACAGCGAGUGCUGGAUGGAUACACGAAGCUCUAUCAGCCCAAUAAUGCUCAGCUGGGGAUGGCCAUCAUGAGAGCGGGCGUCACACACUGGCACGCCGGCCGGAUCGAGACCGCUCACUCGCUGGUCUGCCGCGCUUACGCCAUCCUCAUCAUCACACACGGAGCUCACCACCCCAUCACCAAAGACCUGGAGGCGAUGCGGAGGCAGACGGAGAUGGAGCUGCGCUUGUUCAAGCAGAACGAGCCGGUCUAUCGCAGCAUGAGGGAGGCUGUGCUCAGCGACAAACCCCUGAUGAUGGCUGGAGAACAAAUCAAAGCCGCUUCAUGAAGCUGAGGUCACCGAGCGAGAGUCUGCGGUGUAAUAAAGGCGCUUUGAGCGGA